AUGGCAGCCACUCCAUAUAUUGCUGGUUUAACGAAUAAAAAUAUAUUUGCAAUUGACUUCAAGGAGCCCUAUGAAGAGAAAACUCUAAGAGAUGAAACAACGAUUCGUAGCUUUGUGUUUAGUCCUAAGGGCACGUAUAUAUCUUAUCGGACAGAUAAAAAAGUGGAGAUAGUGAAAUGUUCUGAUUGGUCUGUAACAGCCACUAUUGAUGGAAACAUCAAGGAUAUGUUCUUUUCACCAUUGGACACUUAUUUUACAGUAUGGGAAAUGUUUUUGAUUACUAAAGAAAAUCCUCAGGGUAAACCGAAUCUUCAUGUUUACAAAGCAGCCACUGGUGAGCUUGCUGGAAGCUUUGUGCAAAAAUACCAAACUGGAUGGGAACCAAGAUGGUCAUCGGAUGAGAAGCUGUUUGCUCUACAAAUGAACAACAGAGUGCUCAUAUAUGAGGACGAUAAUUUCGAUAAAUUUGUGCAGCAACUACAUGCUGAUAAACUAAAGUCAUUCAGCAUCUCACCGAGCCCUGCUCCCACAUAUUAUUUUUCAUCAUUUACUUUAGGUAAGCAAGGGCAACCUUCAUUCUGGCGCGUGUUUAAGUAUCCACAGCUUGAGCAGACACAGGCAGUGGUGAGCCGGUCUUCAUUCCAAGCAGACAAAGCUAACUUCCACUGGAACAAACGUGGCACUAACGUUUUUGCCAUGACGCAAACUGAUGUGGAUAAGACUGGUGGCUCCUAUUAUGGCAAACAAUCUUUAUCUUAUGGUGACGUCAAAGGAACCUCAGGGAACGUGACAUUCAGCAAAGAGGGUCCCAUUCACGCGAUCUCAUGGAACCCUGGCAACUCUAACGAGUGGGUAGCUGUUUAUGGACACGCUCCCGCCAAAGCUACCGCAUUUAACACGAAGUGCGAGCCCAUCUUCGAGUUCGGCACUGGCGCGUGGAAUUCCAUAUAUUUCCCGCCCGAAGGAAAUCGUAUGCUUAUCGCCGGUUUCGGUAACAUAGCGUCCGGUCACAUCGAAGCCUGGGACUUGCGUGGGUACAAGAAGAUUGGCACUUGCGCCGCGCCUGAUACGACCAGCCUUCAAUGGGACCCCAGGGGAGAGUCCUUUAUCACUGCUACCACGUAUCCUAGACUUACUGUAGGAAAUGGCUACAAAAUUUGGCAUUACACAUGCGUUUUGAUGCACAAACAUGUGUGUCAAGAGAAGGAAAACCUGUUAGCCUUGAGUUGGCAGCCCGGCAACUUCCCCAAGAGCGACUUAUCCAAAAUCGUCCCUAAGGCCAUUGAAGAUUCAACACCUAAGCCGACAGCCGCCUACAGGCCACCAGGCGCAAAGAACAGACCUUCAACCUUCACGUUGCAUGAACAGGAGAAACCUCACAAGCCUGGUGAAACGCCAUCAGCGGCGCCGUCAAAACAAGCGAUCAAACAGAAGGAGAAGCGUGAAGCUCGGAAGGCGCGUAAAGCUGAGGAAAAAGCUCAAGGCGACCUCAACUCUUCGCCUCCCACGGCAUCCGCUACGCCCAAACAACCAUUUGUUUCAACAGGUGAUCCCGAGAAGGAUAAGAAGAUUAAAAAUUUAAACAAGAAACUUAGUGACAUCGAAAAAUUGAAGCAGCAGAAAGCAGCGGGCAAGCAGCUUGAGCUGAACCAGCUCGCUAAGAUCGAGAGUGAGUCGGGAUUGCUACAAGAGCUAGCUCAGCUCAGGUUAUGA